GAUGUGUUCACUGAAGAUGGUGGCGGUGUGUCAAACUCGCCGUCCUGCACAUUUGUAAGGCUUUAAUUUGAUAUUACACAUUCAACAACAUCGGAUUCAACUGACUAUCGUCUUGAGUGACAUCUAUUCGUGGUUGGUUGACUGAAGCCAUGCAACCCCCUCCUUCAAACGGACCACCUGGGGCAACUGGUCCUCCACCCUCUGGACCCAAUAUGUUUCGCCGGACUAGGCCUUUUAAACAUGCACCACCAACGAUGGCCACAAUGCCUCCUUCCUCCCAACCAAUGACAGACCCAUUUGGUUUUGUGAGAGCGCCUCCCCCUAUGGCUGCAGGUGGUCUUCCAACACUGCCCACGAGUACACCUCCACCACCAUCAACAAACCCUGUGUACUCUCAGCCAGGUGCCGGUUUGCCGCCACAGAUAAAUGAGGUAGUUGCUGCAGCUCCAAGUGGACUUCCCCCGAUGUCUUUGGCUGGUGUCGCCCCUUUCAAUCCGUCUCAUGCACCACCAUCGGGCGUGUAUCCCGCACCAAGUCUUACAGGAUAUGCUUCCUCUAAUAAUGAAACAGGCUAUUUCAAUUCAAGAGAACAGAUGUCAUCUAAUACGCCAGAACAACCACCUAUAGCAUCAGUUCCUGCCCCUUCUCAGACACCACUUAAUCAGGAGUUUCAGAGACGCUCUACACCACAGCCUGUGCCCUUUCAGCCGUUGCCUCCAACCACGUCCGCUUCGCAGUGGAGCCCUGAUCAUAGAAGUCGACCUCCAUCAGUUCAGAAUUAUUUCCAACCGACCAAUGAUCCCCCACCACAGGCUUUUAAUAUACAACCGCAAACCCGGAUGUAUCCCUCCAGCACCCCAUCACCGCUUCACAGUGCACCAGCCCCAACACCACAGCCUAGUCAACCCCCCAUAUCGCCUCAUGCGCCGCAUAGCAUGGCAAACAGCUCCGCCAGUCAGUGGUCUGUCCCAAAUGUACCCCACUUUCAUAACACUCACUUUCAAUCCCAGAGCUAUAUGAGUCAGAGUACGACUUCUCCUGAGUCUUGGUUCAAUCAACCUCCACAGGACUCAGGAUAUCACCAAAUGGGCACCCGUCCCGACCAUCAGCAGCUCAGUGCAGAACCUCCCCUUGUACCGGACUCUGGGCCGCCACAUAGUUUGAACUCAGCUCCAUACUCUCAUGAUUCUGGGUCUCUCGCCAUGUUUUUUAACAACAAAGAUGUAGAAAAUGAAGAAACGCUGUGUGGAGAGAGGAGUAAGCCAGUUAAUGGCAUUCCUGAGUCCUUACAGCAUUAUAGCAGCACCCAAGCUGGUGAACAUAUCGACAGUGGCCAUGCAGGUGUUGCAUUGGAAUACCAAGGGUGUUCACCACAUGACAGUUCAAAUGUACCCAACACAAGUGAUGGGACCCCACCACAGGCAAUUGCCCCUGGUGCCCAUGGAUCUCACUAUGACCAUGUGGAGAAUUUGGAAUGUGUUCCAAACCAGGAAGUGUUACCAAGUGACAAACAAGUAAGCCCCGCUGCUUCUGCCACACAAGAAGCAGACACUUUUGAAACGGGGCCAAACUUGGAAACUCCUGAUUCUAUUCCAAGACCUGUUAGAUCUGCCAGUGUGUCAUCCAACUACAGUAACAUGAGUCAUGGAAGUGCGACUGGCACCCGAAGGCACCAGGGUGUUGUUGGCACUUUUAUCCAACAGGAAAGCCCUCGGCUGACAGAGGAUGCUAACCUGUCACCUGCCACUGGAGGCUACUUUGAGCAGAUUGACACCUCUCCAGCUGGAGACAUGGGUGCACAACAGAGUGCAUUGGAGCAGAUGUGGCAACCCACCCCCAGUCCACCCAAACCUACAGGGGUCUUUCAGGCAAGCGCUAACAGUUCUUUUGAACCAGUGCGCUCGCAUCAUGGGGUGGGAGUCAAGCCUGUUGAAGUUGAUCGCGCUAAAAUGGUAGUAGAGGGUGCACCUGAUUCGGUCACUGGUAACCUGGAGCAACCACCUGAUAAUAUGGAGAAUAUCUUUGGCUCUGGUCAACCCAUUUCUGAUGCGGCUGGCAGUAGUGGGCCUCCAUUGACUCACCAAGUCGUUCAUUCGCAUUCAAGACCUUCGUCCAGGUCCUUUGGAGCAAAUAGACCAUGUGACAGUCCUGCCACUACUCUUUGGGCGCAGAAUGAUCCAGCCAGCUUGGGUGUGAACAUUCUUUUAGCCCCUGCUGCGCCAACAGUUCUUGCUCCUUUACGAGAGCCGAGCGUAGAUGUUAUUCAGCCCCCUGAAGAUGCUCCAGUGGACCCUCAACCUCCACAGAUUGCUCAGGCAACACCACAUCCACAUUUAGAGAACCUAGAGAACCCUCCACAGGUGAGUGAAGGACAGCCAGUUGACUCCCAAGACAACCUGGGCUACGCAUCUCUUUUGGUGUCUGAUUCGCUACAUCAGCCUGUUUUAAUCGCUCCUCCAGUGUCCAAUUACAACGUGAUUCAUCCCACUGCAUAUGCUGAAGCAGCCACUCAACAGAAUCCUAUAGAGGCUAAUGCAGCUGUUAUACCACCAGAACUCCCUCAGGGUGGCAAAACCUCACAGCCACCAUUAGUUUCUUCUCAUCCAAAUCCUUUAUUUGUGCCUGGACAAGCAAGCUUUAAUUCUCCCCUUCCUGCUAAUGUACCACUCAAUCUGACAUGUGAGAGUUCGGCAAAGACGGCGUCUGAUAGCAAAACCUCACCUGAUUCCCAGCAAGUCCACCCUGCCUUCUCCAGGGGCCAGUCAUUGAGUGGAGACAGCCACUUUGCUCUUCAAGUCAAUUCUCAAUCUUCUUGUGUUGCUCCAUCUAUCUCUAAUCAAAGCCAGUCGACAAAUUAUGAACUGCUUGAUUUUUCUAUGCACCAAUCACAAACUCAAAAUCAAGGCCCCAGCAAUCCUUCCGCUUUGCACGAAUCUCCACAGCCUUGUAAUGGAUUUUACCUACAGGUCACCAAAGAUGCUCAGCAGGUGGCAAGAGCAGAAGUGCACGCCCCUGCCCAGACCCCAACUUCUUUGUCCACCGCUCACUUUCAACCGCCACAAGCAGCUGCACUCGACCAGCCACCGUCGAUUGCUCCAGUUAGGACAGUGGAUGCUCAGCCUCUUCAGCAGGGACAAAGUGCUUCAGCUUCUGUGCCAGUGGAUGCUGCAACACCUUCUGGUCAUUAUUCGACUCAAGGGCCUCCCGCCAAUGUGCAACCACCUCCAGCUGCAGCAGGACCUCCAGCGCCAGCUCCAUCUGGGGCUCCUUUAGCAUCCGGUGAACCGCCAAGACCACCUUCUUCUGUUGGUAGCCAGCAAGGUUAUGGACCUCCUCCUCCUGGACCAGGGCAGAUGUAUGGUGGCUACUAUGGAAGCUAUGGAGAAUAUUACCCACCUGGUCACUACGCACCUGGUGAUCCCAGAGCUCAGCAAUAUUAUCAUGAUGGGUCAUACAGAAACCGAGAAGCUUGGUAUGGUAGAUAUGAUGGAGCAAAUCCAGCUUACCGGGAUCCAAACUACCAGUACAGGGAACCUCUACCAGAGAGACCAAGUUCCCGGACCAGUCAGUUCUCUGACAGACCAUCUUCCAGGCAUGGGUAUCCCGAAGACUACCAUAGAGCAAAUCAAAGUGCCUACAACGAUUAUUACCCUGACUAUGCAAAGCGCUACGACUAUAGUGGAUAUAACUAUGGACAGUAUGACCCAAGAGUUCAACCAAGAGGAUACUAUGAUCAGUCUUACUGGUCGAACUACAGUGACGGCUACAGAAACAGAGACUACUAUAACCAGCAGAUGUAUCCUGCCAGGAAAGAGGGUUACGACGAUCAGUGGAGGUACUAUCCUGGGUAUGACACCAGCUUCGAUGAUUACCCCAGACGUGGCGACACGUACGGUGACGACUUCGAUCGGCGCAGUGUUCACAGUGAGCAGUCAGUACACAGUGCGCAUAGCUCCCGAAGCCACCACAGCAGGCAGAGCAGUUUCAGCUCCAGGUCUCAGCAGAGCCAGGUUUACAGGAGCCAGCCUGAUCUGUCAGCAGUCUAUGACACCACAUCAUCCACUUUGGCAGCUGACUACUCAUAUGCACAGUAUCCAAACCAAACAGAUGUGACUCAAAACUACAGCCAGUACCUCUACCCUUCAGAGUAUAGAGCUGAGAGCACCUGGGUCGCCCCUGACCAACCACCACCUUGCCCUGCUGCCACAGAGCUGUUCACAAAGCCCCACCGCUGUGCUCGCUUUAGUCCUGGUGGUUUCCUAGUCCAAGUUCUGCCCAAUCUACCCUCAGAUGGUCAGCCAGCCCUUGUUGAUAUCCACAGCAUGGAGGCAAUGCUGCAGGAUACACCAUGUCAAGAAGAACUGCGAUCCUUCCCAGGACCUCUUGUGAAGGAAGAAACCCAUAAAGUGGAUGUGAUAAAAUUCUGCCAGCAAAAGGCGCUGGAGUGUUCCAGAGACGACAAUCUCUUGGACAGAGACUCUGCCUGCCUAAUUUGGGACUUCAUCGUUUUGCUUUGCAGACAGAAUGGAACGGUUGUUGGCACAGAUAUUGCAGACCUCUUGCUCAAGGAACAUCGCUCUGUGUGGCUCCCUGGAAAAAGUCCAAAUGAAGCCAACUUGAUUGAUUUUAACAAAGAACCACUGUCUCGUGCUGAAGAGGAGCCUGGAGCCGGACCUCUGUCACUGCUCUCUGACACCUUCAUGACAGUCCCAGAAAACGUUGGUAAAGAAACCGAGCGAUUCAGAGAGCUGCUUCUGUUUGGCCGAAAAAAGGAUGCUCUUGAAGCAGCGAUGAAGGGCGGUCUCUGGGGUCAUGCUCUUCUAUUAGCCAGCAAAAUGGACAGUAGGACACAUGCACGUGUCAUGACUAGAUUUGCCAACAGCUUGCCGAUCAAUGACCCGCUUCAGACGGUGUACCAGUUGAUGUCAGGAAGGAUGCCUGCGUCAGCCACUUGUUGUGGAGAGGAGAAGUGGGGUGACUGGCGCCCUCAUUUGGCUAUGGUGCUGUCCAACCUCACGAACACACUGGACCUUGAUACUCGAACCAUCACCACAAUGGGGGACACACUUGCUUCCAAGGGGCUGGUUGAGGCUGCACACUUCUGUUACAUGAUGGCUCAGGUCGAACCAGGUGUUUUCACAAAGAAGAGCACGAAAAUGGUUUUGGUUGGUGCAAACCACAGUUUGCCACUUCACCAAUGUGCAACCAACGAAGCGAUCCAGAGGACAGAGGCUUAUGAGUACGCUCAGGACCUUGGCAUCCAUUCCUGCUCCAUGCACAAUUUCCAGGUGUUCAAGUUGAUCUAUGCAUGCCGCCUGGCUGAGGCAGGUUUGAGCGCCCAGGCCUUCCACUACUGUGAAGUUAUUUCGAGGACCAUCCUCUUGCAACCCUCCUACUAUUCUCCAGUUUUGUUGCGUCAAGUUAUGCAGAUGUCUGAAAAGCUGCGGUUUUUCGACCCACAAAUGAAGGAGAGGCCGGAGCAGGAGUUGUUCAAUGAGCCGGAGUGGCUGGUCCACAUCAGACAGCUGGAUGGUCAGAUCAGGACCGGAGCAGUCACUUACAAUGCUGACAGAGCAACUCCGACUCAGUUAUCGAGCAGCAGCCCCAGUUCUGACUUAUGCCAGGCACCUGAUAAUUAUGGCAACCCUCAGCAGUUGGAUGGGAGCACCGACAAUCCUUUGAUGUGCUCCUUACUUCCCGGGCCACCACCUCAAGAAGUGCAACUAAUGCCUCCAGCUCCGUCAUCAAUCCUUCAAGAUGGUAUGGCACCACCGCAGCAUUUGCCUCCCAACGAUAUUCCCCAGUUUUACCCAGUCCCACCAGUACCCACCAGUGAACCACCAGGCCAGCUCCCAGUCUCUCCAUCACAGGAGCCUGGUUCCGUUCCUCUGCCUUUCCAACCUCAGCAACAAGAAAUGUAUCCGGGGAUGUAUCAGCAACCGGCACCUCAGCCCCCUCAUAUGGGCCAGAUAUCCCCACACAUGCACCCUCAGAUGCAACAUUCGCCAGCACAUGUGAAUCACACAUCAGCUGAGAUUCCCUCACACAUGCCUUCUUCACCUGGUCAUAUGCCUCCUGUGGAGCAGCCUCCUCAUAUCCCACUUGAGAGGCAGAAUUCCCAGCCAACACCAGGUGGCCUCCCACCUCAGAUGGAUUACUAUGACUAUAUGGAACACAUGGGUCCUGGAAGGAGAUCAAGAACAACAUCACAAUCUUCAGUGCAUGCAACUGCAAGGGCUUCAUCGCGUCGUUCACGCACAACCUCAGAAUCAUCCACGCACUCAGGUGGGCGAGAGCGAAGCAAUUCAGUGGCCAUGCUUCCUUCUCCGCCCCCUAUUCCUGAGCAGCCCGUCAAGGAGCAGACCCAGAAGGCCAAAAAAGAGUCUCCUAAAAAGGACAGAGGUGGGAGCUGGCUGAACUGGUUUUCACAGAAGCGGAAGAAUGAAGCGCACUUGCCGGAUGAUAAAAACAAAUCUAUUGUGUGGGAUAAGCAGAAGCAGCGAUGGAUCGACCUGAAUGAGCCUGAAGAGGAGAGCAAGCCUCUACCACCACCACCUACUGCCAUCCCAAAGAUGGUGCCGAUGCCGAGCUCAGACGGGCCUCCCGGUCCUCCCACUGGCGGUCCUCCGGUCAACAUGUUCUCUAGGAAGGCAGGCACUAAAAGCAGAUAUGUGGAUGUUCUGAACCCAGGUCGUACGACUAAACCCGCUGGAUCAGCGCCUGCUCCGGCAGACAUCUUUGCUACCAUGGCACCAAUGGCCAUGCCGACCAACCUGUUUGUGCCUAGCUCAGCUCCUGCUGACCAACAACCUUUGGAAGGUGGUGAGGGAGGAAAUCAGGAGCAGGCUUCGCCACAGAGCUCUGCAGCUCCACAGAUGUUCAACCCGACCUUGUUACCCCCGGCUCCAGAGGCUUCCAUUGUGCCUGACGGGUCACAGUCUGGGGAGCUCUCACGAUCUAGCUCAAUGAGUUCUUUAUCACGUGAAGUGAGUCAGCAUUUAAACAAGAGUCAUCCUGCCCAGGGAGCCCCUCCCACAGGGGGCGUCACCUUUUAUAACCCUGCACAGUUUGCACAGACGAGUGCUCCCUCAGGAGGAGGGGUGCGGCCGGGUCGCCUGGGCGGUCAGCGGCAGUACCCAGUGAUGAAGUAAACGCAUCCUGCCCAGAUUGUAAACAGACUGAAGUCGUACCUGGAAGUAACUGAAGCACAUUUUGUCUAAUGGACCCCCAAUCUAGAGAAAAUGUCUUGGGAACGCAGGUCACGUUUAGCUCGGUGGGCGAGUCAGAUUGGAGUUAAAUCUCAGUUCAAAUUGUAUUUUCUCUGGCAGAUAAUAAACAUUUGGCGUCAAUGAAACGAUCGUAACCAUCAUCAUGCUUUUAGUUUGAGCCUUUUUUGUCUAAAUGUCCAUCUCUGAUUUGAUGGUCGUGAGUGGAAAGAUGGCGGCGACAGACUUUGGACCUGUGGAACACAGCGAGCGGAAUCAGAGUUGCAGUGUCGGCAUGAUGUUCAGAUAUUUAUUGAAACGUCCCUCUGCUCAUCAGCUGGAGAUGAGUGGUUUAGCAUAGAGCUGCUAGCUUACGGCCCACUUUGGAAACAUUGCUUAACAUGACUUCUUCCAAAUAUUUGUAUAGGGGAUUGAUUGUAUUUAAGAGCUUCAGGCAUAAAUGUGUGUGCGUGUGUGUUAAGAGCAACUACUUGGAUUAGCUUUGAAAUGCAUUUAUGAAUCACAGUUAUGGAGUCUGAUGGAUGAAUCAUCGAAGGAAAUCAAGAACCAGCCGUUGUACUUGUCAACUUUUAUCAUUCUCAUUGGAUUUUAAUUUGCCUGUUGAUUCGGAAUCACAUGACCGGUGACGUUGUUGUCCAAACGCCCCCUACUGUUUCGCUCAUGUUUUAAAAUCGUCAUGUACUGUACGUAAAUUGCAGCAGGCAGAAUCUAAUGUUAAUAAAGUUAUUUUUGGCGCUCUGUAGCACUUUGAAAUACUCCACUGGU